AUGGUAUUGGAAGGUUAUAUUAAUAUUGUCAUUGAAGGAAAUGAAGAAACUUUUAAAAACAAAGCCCAGACUAAAGUAUUAGAUGAGGAAGAUCUUUUUAGAUUAUAUUGCGAAAAAAUUUUCAUUGAUUUUUUCCACCUCGUAGAUAUCAAUUCUUCUAUGAGCAGAGAGAUUGGUGAAUGUAAACACAUAGUGUACCAAAUUUCUUCAUUAUUCAAAUUCUAUGAGAGAACAUUUUCUUUAGUUGAAUUUGAUUGGAUUGAGUCGUAUGCUCAUGCCGCAAAGAUUCUAAAGUCAUCUACUAAUUCUGGAAUUGUAAAAGUAGACAUUAAAGGAACGAGAGUGUCUGACGGUUUAGAUAUAUUUCACAUGGAGGUAGCAGGUCCUCUAUAUAAUGUGAAUGAUAAGCAUAUUGCGGACGAUACAAAGAAAACUAUGCGAACGGACAUUUUGAAUUUAAUUACAAUAUUACGAAAUCAUCUUGAUUGUUUAUUAAAUCUUGCGACAAAGAUCAGAGUGUACAGCAUCUUAUCUAUCAAUGCUCGCUUAACCCUAUAUUCAUUAAGCAUGCUUAACAAUGGCCGCUUUCUCAUAAGUGAACUUGCUACUGCUGUUAUACCAUUCAGUUUCAACGGUCGAAGUCAGUACAAACAUGUCCUUAGAUUGAUGGCUAUCCUCCAU